AUGGGUGAUCAAUCACAAGAGCACAAGCGUAAGGAUCACGGCUUGAUCUACGUUGAGUGGGUGCGGUUCAGCACAGCCUGUACCUCCUGCACCAAAAGGGACGUUCUAAGAAGGAGUGCCCAGUACGAUGUCUCUUGGAAAAUGGUAAUCUGCCGCGUCCCACCUGCACUUUUGUUGAGCGUCUGUCGGGUAUCUAUAAAGGAAAAACUUAAAGGUUACAAGUUUCCUGAGCUGAAAACGGAAGAUUGCGAGCAGAAAUACAUCUCUGGAUGGGGUCCAGGUGGUCAGAAAGUGAAUACUGCUCAAAAUGCCGUUCAGCUGCGACAUAUCCCAACAGGAUUCGUUGUCAAGGUCCACGAAUCACGCCUUCUUCCGAAAAACAUAGAAAUAGCAUUCGAGCGAAUGAAAUUUGUUUUGGAUCGGCAUAUAAAUGGAGAAAACUGUUAUGAAGAGCAGUACAAAAAGCUACAACGCGAAAAAGAAAUGAAAGCAAAGAAGAGACGGGAGAUGCAGCGAAAUUUGCGCAAGGAGCUUGAGAAGAAUUCAGAGGAGAUUGAAUCAGAAAAGUGACCAUGUACAGUAUCUGUGUGUAUUGUUUUGAACACAACUCAACAGUAAAUCAUCAACAUCGCCUCUGCAGUCAUCAAAUCAAAAUAUAGACCAAAAUUUUGUGAGCAAAUGAGAG